AUGGGUAAUAAAUAAACUCCUGCAUAAUAGUCAAUUCAAGCAUAUAUCAAACAUCUAAAGACGAGGAAGGAAACCUUAAAUCUAACAGGGCUGAAAUGCAUGAAGUAUGAUAAUAUUAUUGUGACCAUUGAUUAAUGGAAGAAAAUGAGUUAAAAACUAUUAUAGAUCUAAUACGAUUAUCCAAAAUACAAUUAGAGAAUAAAAAAAAUAAUUUUAGAACUCAAAAUAUUCAUCGAGAACAUCAAUUCAGAAGAGUUGAUCAAAGCUUUUCAGAAUAAGCAAAAAUUAGAAGAGUUCUUGCGUUUAGAUAAUAGUGAGGCUUAUCCUUGUCUAAAUCUUAGUGAACACAUUCAAAUUGAUCAAUGCUAAUUGCAUGUACAAUCUUUGAUAAAAUCUACAAGAAUUAAAAGAAGAAUUUUAAACAAUAUUAAUGAACUUAAAAAAUAAUCCAAAUUAAAGAACUUAGUUGAAAAAGAAAUCUUAUAAAAGGAUAAUUUUAUUAUGAUCAUCAUUCAAAAAUAUUGUUAAAUUGUAUUAUCAACAUUUCAAUAGACUAAUAUAAAUGAGCUUAAUUAAGAAAUAAUUGAUCAUUAACAAUCCCUUACAUUUAUAACGAAAUUUUAAUAGAAAUUGUUGACGGAUAUCUACAUGAAAGAGAUUGAUCCUGAUAUUACAUUGAAAACCAUUUUCACCAAUGAGAAAAUAUAUCUUCAUUAUAUUAAUUUUUUAAAGUGCACAAACUCAGAAGAAUUAAAGGUUUACGAACAAUAGCUCGAUCUAAAAUAAAAUCUUACUCUUAGUGAUUUGGGAGCAGAAUAAGCAUUUUGGUUGAGUGAAAAGAAAGAUCCUUAUUCUGAAGUUGUUCUAUAAUUAAAUUUUAUUUAGAAAUAAAAAUGUCCUGUAAGAAAAUUUGAACUUAUAGGAAAGCUUAAAUAUACAAUAUGCAAAUGCUUAGACGAAUAUUAUAUCUAGCAUCCCAUGAAAAAUCAGAAACAAUUACAAGUAGAUAGCGAUCACUUUUUAAUUAUUUUGAUUUACACUUUGAUUCGAUAAAAUUAACCUACUUUUAUUAUACAUCUUAAAUUCAUUUUAUUUACAAUGUCAAAGGAGAUCGAAAUAGACAGAGGUCAGAAUUCUUGGGUUUUUGUCAGCCUCAUUGCUGCUGUAACUUAGAUUUAAGUUAAAGAUAUUUGCAGAACUAAUCUAUAAAAUUGUUUAGAAACUGUUAUCUAGAGUUAAUUCAAUCUAGAAGGAAUGUGA